GUCAGCAGCCAGAGCGCGCCCGAAUGUGCGGCGCCGGGGGUCGGCUGCGAAGCGGCCGGCAUGGGUUCGUUUCGGAGUGUGUUCCGCGCCUUGUGGAGUUCGCUGUCUAAGGAAGUCAGGGAGCACGUGGGCACGGACCAGCACGGGAACAAGUACUACUACGUCCCGGAGUACAAGAACUGGAGAGGACAAACUAUUCGAGAGAAAAGAAUCGUAGAAGCAGCAAAUAAGAAAGAAGUAGACUAUGAAGUAGGUGAUAUCCCAACAGAAUGGGAAGCUUGGAUUAGAAGAACCAGGAAGACUCCACCUACUGUGGAGGAAAUACUAAAAAAUGAAAGAUAUAAAGAAGAAAUGAAAAUAAAAGGCAAAGAUUUUUAUGAAAAAGAAAGACUCCCUAGUAAAGAGACCAGUGAGGAACUCUUGGCUCCACCAGUUCAAACUCAAAUUAAAGGGCAUGCCUCCGCUCCAUACUUCGGGAAGCAAGAACCUUCAGUGGCUCCCAGCAGCACUGGUAAAACCUUUCAGCCAGGAGCCUGGAUGCCACAUGAUGGCAAGAGCCAUGAUCAGUGAAUGCGUAUGGUAAAACCAUUUCAUCUCUACAGACGUGACUGCUUUAACAAAUAAAAGUGAUAAAAAGUUAA